AUGCUGCUCAGAGACAACAGAGGUUUCUCCCCUGAAGGUAACAAAGACAGAACAAAGGGUCGUGUAAGACACUUAAAGAGAUUUGGCUCAGGGCGCUGAGGCACACCUGUUCUGAUCAGCCUCAGUAGCUGCAGCUCGUCGCGCCACAGCUCAUUUGUUCCUGAGGGAAACUUUUCAGAUUCUCCCACAGAACCUCUUUUUAAGGCAAUGCGUCUUUACCAGAGCACUCAGAUAUCACAAAAAAUGGGCAUCAAAAACAAAACGGCCUUCACCGUCCGUCUGGCUGAACACCCUGACUUGUCCUUGUGCGUUCAAGACAGAACUCACUGCUGGAUGAACUCGCCUCGGCAGGUGACUGAAAAUCAACAACAGGAGGAAGAUGACCUCAUCAAACCACAAAAGCUGAUAAACCCCCUGCUGGCGUCGCUCCAGCACAGAGCUCUUCAUCAGGAGCUGCUAUUCUGCCACAGACGAGGUGUGCUGCCAAGAAGAAAGCCAGAGUUGCAAUGUGUGCUCGAAAACAAAAGGAGGGAGCAGCUGAAGAAAAGGGAGCUCCAGCCUGCCUCUGACUUGGAGAUGAAACUUCACAGAAGACAGCAGAAAAUACAACUUUAUGAGCUGGAAGAGAAGAAGUGGAGGGAAAGUCUGCAGAAUGUACCAGAGUUUGUUCGAGUGAGACAAACCCUGAAGCACAUCCCCAAUUUCUCCAGAUGAGUGCCAGAGCCAGAAGCAAACCAACAUGGGAACAUCAUUGUGCUUGUGUUAGUGAAGAACAGCAGUACUACUGACAAGAAACUGUGUAAUUUUCAAAUUAAAUUGAUUUUUUUAAUACUGUA